AUGCAAUUACUCUGGCAAGCGGGUCUUCAAUGGGACGAGCCAUUACCGUCACACUUAAUUGACCUGUGGAAACAGUACGAGUCUGAAUUGCACAUGGUCUCGGGUAUAAAAAUUUGUCACCAUAUUCCCACCGAGAAGCUCACUAGCGUGCAACUUAUUGGUUUUUCAGAUGCAUCGGAGAAAGGUUAUGCCGCCGUGGUCUAUUUGCGCACUAUUCACCAGGAUGGGCGUGUACUAAUACAUUUUAUUACUGCCAAAUCAAAGAUUUCACCCUCCAAGACUAGCAACACCAAGACCACGUUGACUAUACCACGCUUGGAACUGUGCGGUGCACUAUUAUUAGCACAAGUGCUACACCGGUUAACCAACACAUUUAAAGGUAAUAUAGUUAUCUCAGAAACAUUAGCCUGGACAGAUUCAUCCAUAGUGUUAUCAUGGCUCACAUCACCACAGUCGAGUUUUAAAAUAUUCAUAACCAACAGACUUGCAAAAAUUGCCGAAAUUCUACCGACUUGUCAGUGGCGACAUGUUGUGUCGGAGUCAAACCCAGCGGAUUGUGUAUCAAGAGGUUUAUUCCCAUCACAGGUUCAUGACCAACAUUUAUAUUGGCAGGGGCCUCCGUUUUUAAAAUUCCCGGACUCUGAAUGGCCAAUCACAUCGUUCAAACCAAUUCAACCAUCACACUUGCCAGAUUAUUCGGAUCCAACAAACGCGUGCUUAAUGGUGGUGCCGGAAAAGGAAGUUGAAUGGUUCACACGUUUUUCGUCAUUGAAACGUAUGCAACGCGUAACCGCCAUCAUGUAUCGGUUUAUAAGGCAUACGCGCACGAAACGUGUUCCAUACGUCGCACCCAAAUAUAUAUAUGACCCUAUCUCCGAUGAAGAAAUUUCGAAUGUGAUGUUACCGAUCAUUCGUAUGACACAAUCAGUACACUUCGUAAGUUUGUUGAGGAUCCUACAAGUACCUACUACAAAGAUAGUUCCUCGUUCAAUUGCCCAACUUGCGCCGUUCAUUGAUAAAAACAACAUUAUACGGGUGGGUGGACGACUCCGAAAUGCUUUGGUAUCACCAGAAACAAAAAACCCAAUAUUGUUGCCAAAAUCAAGUACGUUGAAUACACUCAUUAUUCGUAAUUUCCACUUGAAUCACUUCCACGCUGGACCUCAAUUAAUGUCAUCGUUACUAUCAAGUUAUUAUUGGAUAAUAUAUCCAGUCGAUCUGCCAUACGGUACGUUAUCUUCAAAUGCGUUGUGUGUGCUCGCCAUAGGGCGUCGGUUACUCAUCCUAUGA